UCUGCGCCCUCGCGUUCUUGUUGCGAGCUGAGAAGGCUUACAGCAAGCACUGUAUCGAGAAGGAUGCCUUCGAGUACCGUGCUCCAGGGAAGGAGAAUCGGGGACGAUGAAAAACCCAUCGAAGACAGUCCCGAACUCUACAUCUUCGCUAUGCGGUCCCUGUUCGUGGUGGGGUGGAUCGCCGUUGCGGCCAUCCUCGCGUACAAGAUGGAGAAGGAGUACAGCGCCCCCGUGUCGAUACCGCACUGUGGGUCGCUGCAGGGCGUCGACGAGGUCUUCGAAGAUCGGAGGCUGCACGUGUACUACGGCGUUCCCUUCAUGCGGCCCGCGCUGCUCCACAACCGAUUCCGGAGGCUCCCAGUCCUGACACGGCCCUGGACAUUCCUGCUGAACGCCAAGAACCAGCGCAGCUCUUGCCCGCAGCCGUCCCUGAUAGUAGGCAAGAUGACCGUGGACAACACGAACACCACCGAGGACUGCCUUUACCUCAACAUAUAUCUGCCAGCGCGAAAGCUGUCAGAGAGGAGCAUUGCCAGGUAUCCCAUCAUCGUGUUCAUCUACGGAGGCGGCUACUACUCCGGCGGCAACUCGUUUUCUUUCUACAGCGGCAAGUACCUGGCCGCACACGGGAACGCCAUGGUCGUGGUGCCCAACUACCGUCUGGGAGUGUUUGGCUUCCUGCGGUCGUCCAUCAUCGGCUUGAAGGGAAACCAAGGCCUGCAUGACGUGCACCAGGCAUUGCUGUGGGUUAAAAAAAAUGCUGCGGCCUUCGGCGGCGACGUCCACAGCGUCACGGUCAUGGGCCACCAGGUCGGAGCAGCCAUGAUCGGUCUGCUCAACUCCUUUAGCGGAGCCUCGGAGCUCUUCGAUCGCGUCGUCAUGAUGAGCGGGUCGCCUUACAUGCGCCACUGGAAGGAAGACGGCAAAACCAGGUCACGCGAGCAAGAGCAGCUGAUGGAAAAGCUCGGAUGUCGGGGGGAUCCGAAAACGAUAUCCGAUUGUCUGCGCAACGAGGCGGCCGAAUCUGUGCUUGACUUCACCGCCAAGCUGAGAAACUGGAAGGUAAUGUUCAUGCCAAACGAAUACGAGGACAUCCGCGACGACGCCAGCGUCGACCUGAAAAGCACCGCCGUUUCCAAGGACCUCAUCAUAGGCACGACGGCUAACGAGGGCUCAUACUAUGCCAGCCUGUUUCUCGAUAUGUUCUCCAAGGGCGACUCGUCGAAACUCACCCGAGUCGAGGCUAUCAAGUAUCUCCAGAACGUCACCGCGGGUCUGGGUUUCCAUGGAUACAUUGACUUGGUCAACUACUACGACCAGAAGUACAAGGACCACAGCGGGUAUGUCUUCUUCGCAAACGCCAUCGGCGACAUAGUGGUCAACUGCCCCAUGAAGCAGUUCGCCCUUGACAUGACCAGCGUGAACACGAAGGUGUUCAUGUACGUCUUCAAGCACAAGCCCUCGUACUCGACUAGCCGUCUCGAAGGAGCGGCUCAUCUCGACGACAUCUUUAUUUCACUGGGUCAUGCUCUCGACGCGCCGGUUCUGAACGCGACAGAGGCUGAGAAAGAGCUUAGCAGGGAAAUGCUACGGAUAUGGGCCCGCUUCGCUGCGACUGGGGAUCCCGUCUCGCUGCGAAACGUGACGUGGCCGCAGUUCACGAAGGGCGAAGGAGUCUAUCUCAACAUCGGCCCCGAGCCGACCCUAGCCAGCAGAUACCUGGAGGACGACUGUGACAAGGUGGCCCGGGCGCUCUUCAACUAAAGAAAAACACCAACGGACGUCUGCAGCUCCCCUGCUUCGGUGUUAAUUUCCUGUGCCUUAUCGUCUGCGUUUGCACAUUAUAGCGACAGUAUACUGCGUCAUUACCUAUUACUGACGUUCUGACAUUGAGGUAUCUUACGAAGGUUGGCGUAUUGACGUACUGACAAUGCUGACGAAUAAGUUGUAACUGAGUCAGUAUUUCAACGACCUGUUUUAACAGCCAGAAUCCUCUGUAUGCGGCACGUGUUUGCUACACAAUGUAAUUAAAAGAUUUUGAUUCAUGAUUUAUAAUGGCACAAGAGCCAGAAGUUACGCGUACUGCUCUCCGCUCUCCUACAAUGUUUAACCUUAUGCUGAUUGUAAUAGCCAUGUUGCUAAUUUUUUUUAUUUUACUGUCAUAUUAUUUUAUAUUUACAGAACGCGCAAGUUCGUUUCUAUGACCGUGCAUUUUGUGUAACCUGAGUGCUUUUCUGUUACCGCUCCGGAAUUAAAAUCUACUUUUACUUUUUAUCCUUUUUCGAAAGCGGCACAGCCUUCUACUCUUAAGAUAAAUGAACAGUCGGGCUAACUGAUCUUUCAUCUCCAAUAUUUGUUUCUUGCUGGUUUUUGAUUACUUUAAUUGGUCACAAGUAGGAAAUUGACGAUAAUCUAUUCGGAUCUGCAGGAAAUAUCCGCUUGACGUUAAAGAUCGCGGGAGUUAUCGGCCACUCAUGGAAUCUGGGCCUUGUGUGUCCACUUUACUCUUAUGACGGUGGCUCUUGUAACGCGCUCUUGAGCGAUUACUGACGACCACUGUUCUCAAUGCUGGCUUCUUAGCCGGCGGACACUGCGUAGGCUUCGUCACACACCGAUACGGUCAUCCGGCGGAUACACAUGCCUGCAGCCGGAAAGUAGCCAUUCCCGAAGUUGUCUGCGAAUCUUUACUCUUUUAAACUUUUACUCCCGCGUUGUAGGUCGUUCCUGACCCCUCAACACUCCGCCUCAAGAAGUAUCAAGAAGCAGGUGGCAGCGCCACAGCUCGAGAGAAGUGAUCACUGCGCUGUAUCGAGACCACGGCAAUUCUUAAGCAGCGUAGUGCCUUUUUCACCUGUGAGACGGCGCUGUGC